CUCUCAACUGGUAAAAAUCCCCCACUCCCACUCCAACUGUAGAGACAAAGAAAUACAAUGGCCUCCCCCACCGAUGAAAACCCUCAAAAUCAGCUCUCUUCCUUUUCUUCUCACCUUCAUUUUCGCUUUUGUUCUCGCCCAAAAAUUACAGAGGAAACCCUUAAAACCAUCGCAGAUUUGCAGAGAGGGAGUGAAGGAGAAGAGGACCAAUCUGGGGGGGUUUUUGUAGCCUCGAUGAAGGAGAGACGAUGGAGCGCCCGCAGGAUGGCCGCGAACGUGAGGAGCAGCGGCGAAGGUAGCAGGAAUAAGAGAAGUUCAUCAAAUGAAAUCCGUGAUUUAAUAAAGAAUGAAAAGCUUCAGAAAGUUAUAUACAAGAUUGAUUGCUCUGCGGAUCCUAAUAAUGAGCUUGAUAAAUCCAUGGAGGAGGAAUCUGUUCAACCUCAUCUUUGGUUUGAGGAUUAGUUGGUAGAUAUAUCAUUUCAUUAGGUCUUUGGAAUACCUCAUUAUCAAGUAAUUAUGCAAACUAAAUUCUGGAUUUUAUAUGAUCUAUUCAGAUCCAGGUGAAGAAAAUUUGGUGAGGCAAAGUGUUGAAAAGUUAUAUGUGCACUCAUUGUGUUCUCUUUCUUUCUUCAUAUUGCCCUUCAAAAUGAAUAAAGACUAUUAAGGAGUAGAAAGAACAUAUAUGGAAUAUGGAUUGCUUUCUACAUUUUGUGCAUGCUCGCUUUUAUGAUUUGCUUAGGCACGUUUCUAUGUGGCCCCUUGACAUUUGAAAUUGGUGUUCUCUCCACUAUUCAUUUCUAGUUGCAUUUUCAGGCAAACAAUAUCUCUGGAUCUUUCUCCAGUUGCUUCUGUAGGAGUUCAUUGCCAAAAUUCUAUUAUUUAUAUCUUUUUUAAUUCAUUUGUUUUUGCAACUUGCUCAGGAUUUCUGACCUUGACAUAUCAAUAUCCUUCUUUUAUCGUUGUUUUUGUUUCUUUAUCUACACCUUGUAGUGGUGACUUCAUGAUUUAAUGCUUGAGUAAGGUUUGACCUGACCUAUUCUGUGAUUUUGUGUAAAGUAUGGCGAUUAUCAUAAUAAAGCAUAACAAAACUCAAAGGUCUUGUUUAAAAGUCUCUCGCUUUUCUUUUGUUUGUCUGUUGUUUGGGGUGUGUGUGUUUAUAUUUCAUAUUCUUCUUAGUAAUAUGAUGGCCUUCUAACUUAUCUUUUUUAAGCAUUACAUUGGUGAUUUAUCUUUUACAUGCAUACAUGUUGCCAUGUCUAUGCAUUUGAUAGUUGGUUUGUAUUUGAAUGUUCUUCGACUAAAUAUGUG